CGGGCUUUAAGAGAAGGUGAUCGGUGGAGUGGUCAAAUGGCCUUUCCGGGCGGAAAACAAGAACAGAAGGACGCUGACGAUUUGGAUACGGCUGAAAGGGAAACGUUUGAGGAGGUGGGAUUAGAUCUUGGUGACCGUAAAUUGUUUUUGUGUGUUGGAGCUUUAGAUGAUUGUAAAGUUACUACUACUUUCGGGAAGCAAUUAUUAAUGAUUCUUUGCCCUUAUGUUUUUCUUCAACUGACUCAAGAAACACCUCCAAUUGAGAUAUCGGGCUCUGAAGUGGAUUCAACCCAUUGGAUCCCACUUUCUAUAUUUCUUGAUCCUCAGAUAACUCAAAAAUGGAAUCCAGCUUCAAUCGAUUUAUCAUCUCGAAUUGCCCCAAGAUCAUGGAUUUUCCAAUGUGUGUUAAAAACAUUUAUUGGCCGUAUGCACUUUCAUUGUAUCGAUUUACCACAAAUAGGUUCCAAUGCGUCAUCAAUAUCUGGUAAUAACAAUAAUCGAUCAUGGACUAUCUCAGAUAUUGAAACUUCAAAAACAUUAUCGACACAUCCAGAUAUUCAGACUGGAUCG